AUGAAUCGUGUCAACACCUUCUUUUGGUCCCGUUUAAAUCCCACCGGUGAGCUCGUGCGUUCCGUAGACGUACUGCUGCGUGAGUUGGUACCGGAUGAGAAACUGGACGCCGCCUUUGAAAAUCUUAGCAUUGCUGCAAGCUUAGGCGCAGUGCUGGUAGAAUGCAAACCUCAAGGCGAUGACCGUAAGAAUAGCGGCGUGCAGGCAGGGACGGAUAAAAGAGCAGACGCAUGUGAACCAGACUAUGAAAACAAUCCACCACUUGAGGAAGAGUCGAGCGAUGAGGAGUCGGCUACCGAAAAGACAGUGCCUGGUGAGCUCGAACGCAAGUGGGCAAAGAUCCGUGCUGUAUUCCACGACUGGGACGAAGAGCAAGGCGACCGUGAGAAGAAGAUGGACGAUAUGGCUGAGCUGCUAUUACGUUACCGAGUGCUUGAGAAGGUGCUAAUGCCCAAGGUGCUGGGACAGCUGACGUUCGAGACACGCAAGUACGUGGGCAACGUGUUUCGGGCCAUGACGGUACACAAUCUGCGCGGCUUCAUUGAGCUCAUUGGUGAGCGACCAGACAUUAUGCGGUGGCUUGUAGAAGGUUACAAGAACAACGACACCGCACUUAUCUGUGGCUCGAUGCUGCGUGACUGCUUCGAAUAUCAGACGCUUACGAUGAUCUUCUUGAACGACCUCGAGCCUGCGUUCGAGUACUUGUUCAAAGUGACGAUGGAGAACAGCAACUUUGACAUUUCAGCUGACGCACUUAUCAACAUAUCACGGCUCCUGACGGUGCACAAGAAGGUGACAGUGGAGCUCCUGGAUAAAUCAUUCGACCGCAUCUUUGGACUAUUGAAUGGUCUAUUGACGUCAGAGAAUUAUGCAACCAGGAGGCAGGCACUUCAAUUGCUUUCAGAGCUCCUGCUUGACCCCGUCAACUUUUCCGUGAUGCAGCGGUACGUGUCUUCGCGCAACAAUCUAAAGCAGGUGAUGCUACUGUUGCGUGAACCGAGCGAGGCCUUACGGAUGGACGCCUUUCACGUGUUUAAAAUCUUUGUGGCCAACCCAAACAAAUCGCCUGAGGUGGAGCAGCUCUUGGUGCGGAACCGCGAGAAGCUACUGGCGUUCGUCAGUGAUUUCGGCAAGAGCGCGUCUAACCGUGAUUUCCUUCAAGAAAGGUCACUGCUGGUGUUUGCACUGGAGCGAAUGGCUCAGAAGGAGAAUGCACAAGAAAAGGAUCAAGAGCAAGGUGUGCGACCAACGUCUUUGUCAAAUGCCGAGCGAUUGCUGCUUCCGGGUCCAGGGUCAGAAGUUUGUGCAAAGCAAAAGUAG